UAUUAAGUCUAGCUGCAGUGAUUUUGUUGGUUGGUAUAAGCUUUUUAAUUUUAUGGACCACAAAUUCACAAUCUUUUUUCUUUUUUUUUGAUGGCUUCUCUCCCUCCUUUGGAUAAAAAUUUUCCCCCUAACCUCAGUGUUUCCAGUUUUUCCAAUUUUGCUGAAUAGAGAGCUUUAAAAAAAACCCCAACAGUCCACUCAACAAAGUACACUAUGAGAAAGCAUUUCAAGUUGGCAGCAGUAUUUUUCAGUAGUAUUAAAGACACCUGCCUACAUCUCCCCGUAGCAACACGCCUGAAAAAGCCUUUGCCAACCAUCAAAUACAGAUCAGAGACACUGGUUGGCUCUAUGGGAGCCCAGAUGUUAAUCUUGGGGUUUGUGCCAGUGUAGGCCAGCGACCCUAGACUUUAGGGAAGGAGUUCUCAACUCGGGAGACAUAAAUGUUUUUGAAAAAGCCUUGCUAAGUCUAUUCUCCCGUGACUGUUUCUUUUAUAACCCCGUGCUGCGUUUUGUGCAUUUAGGGUUGUUCCCAAGAGAGGACCAGGGGUUUCAGUGGGCUGUCAGCUCCCAGCUCCGCCCCUGCCCCUCUGCACGCCUGGAGGUCGGGGCGGAGGCGGGGGUCCCCCCGGCCUUGCAGAUGUUCCAGCGCGGACUUCUGCGGGCUGGGGCCCCCUGAUAAGCAGCCCCAUUUAUUUGGAGGCUCUUCUGGGUCCUAGGGAGGCGGUGCAGGCGGGGGGCCGACGGGAAGGGAGCAGUCCCUGGGGCAGGCGCCUCCAAGGGAGGGGUUACGUUGUACCAGUGUCCCGAGAACUUCCCCAGGCCCGCGGAGAUUGCUCAGUGACUGCCGCCGGGCGCCGCACGAAAAUGAUCUUAGCGAUUGGGGCCGCGAUCACCCCCAUUCCCCCGAGGAGGAAAUUGGGCGGGCGGGGGGUAGGGGCGCUGCCCUGGAACCCCGGGCCUUUCGAGCUUAGUGGCGCCCUCCUGUAAGCUUCUCGAGGGCAGGGCCUUUCCUGGUUUGGGGAAGCCCGGGGCUUCAGUCUCUGAGUCUGUGGAAAGGACCGGGUCUAUAACCGGAUUCCCAGAGUCGGCCACAGAGGGAACUUACCCAGCCCGAAUGGGCCGGACCCACGGUGGCAGCUGCUUCCUCUCGGUAUCGUUCUUAGAGACUACUAAAGCCUCCAUUAGUAAUUGGGCGCGGCUGCUGGGGACUCUCGGAUUCGAACCCGCGGACCCGAGCCGGGGAAAGGGGAGAGGGUAGGGAGGAGGGAACAAAGGAGGGGCCGGAAGGAGGCGCGGGGGAGACCGCGGGAAGUGGCAGGAGCGGGAGGCGGGCCCACCUGGAAGCGCCGCCGGGCGGGCGGGCUGGCGCGCAGGGGCCGCGGUGCGGCGGCCGGCCGAGCUUCCGGGGGCGGCCUCCCUCUCGGCCACCGCCAGGGCCACGGGCCGCCCGCCGGCCGCUGUCUCCCGUCAGCUCCGCAGAGCCCGAGAAAUUAUAACCCCGUAAAUAAGAAUCUGAAAUUUCAAUAUGAUAACAAGGACAUUAACAAUGAUGAUACAGAUAAAUCCAGAAGUCUGGGAAUCAUGUUCUAAGUGAAGCACUUGUCCAAAGGUUUCCCAAUGAGUGGAUCAUGAUGACCGUAAUUUAGGGAUUUGCCAUAGUAUGGCUGCUUCUCGAUCUACUCGUGUCACAAGAUCUACAGUGGGGUUAAACGGCUUGGAUGAAACUUUUUGUGGUAGAACUUUAAGGAAUCGUAGCAUUGCUCACCCUGAAGAAGGAUCUCCCCAUUGUCAAGUCCGCUCCAGAUCACCAAAGAAGAGACCAGAGUCUGUGCAAACUCAGAAGGGGGCUAACAGCGGACGGGCCGCUGAUCUGAGGCAGCCGGGUACUCGAGAGCUGUGGGUAAGCCCGAGGAAAAGAGGACUUUCUUCAUCAGAAAAGGAUAAUGCUGAGAAACACGCUCCAGAAAACUGUGAGAGGAGGCCCAGCGAUGCGGCCUCCCCCAUCUUCAAGCGUUUGAAGCGCUGCCUCCGCUCAGAGGCCCUGAGCAGCUCAGAGGAAGAGUCCCCUACGAAAGCCGACAAGGAGAGCUCGCCGGAGCGGAGUCGCUCCGCAGUGGACAAUGGUGCUGAUUCCCAAGGGGCUAAACGAGCUUGUCGAUGCCUUCUACUGGAUGAUUGUGAGAAAAGGGAAAUUAAAAAGGUGAAUGCCAGUGGGGAAGAGUCCCCGAGCUCUGCUGCCAUCGCAGAAAUCACAGGCUAUCGAGCUUUUAAUGGGGUUGAUGACAGGGACUCUGCUGUUCUCCACUGUGAUGACUGUCAGCUUGACGGCAACCCCAAACAGAACAGUCCUGCUUCCUGUAUGCUGCAGGAACAGUUGGUAGCUGAAAAUGGGGAUUCAGGUGCCCAUUCCUCCUAUUUGCUUGAGAGUAGGAAAGAAGAGAGUCUCGUAGACCAUAAUGUGCCUUGCACAACUUCACAAGUGCAGGUCAAAUUGGAGGACCACAGACUAGGAGCUGCCCGCCUGCGUGAGGAGCCCGCGGAGGAGCUGCCUCCCGAGCCGGUGCCGGCAUCCUUGCUUGAAAUUCAGCCGUCUGUAAGGGAUUCUGAGGAGGAGGUAGAUGUGGUAGGAGACAGUGCUUCCCGUGCGCAGCCAGGUCAUGAGAACACCAGCAGCCCUGGUGGGGCCAGUCCUGCUCCAGUUCCCCCCGCAGCGGAGUCCGCCCCUGCUUCUGUCUCAGACUGUGUCUCCACCCCGAUGACCUCUUUGUCCGAACCCCAAGAGCACCGCUACACAUUGCGCACGUCACCUCGACGGGCUGCCCCAAGCAAAGGGAGUCCCACCAAAAAUAACUCUCCUUGUAGAGAAAAUGGACAAAUGGAGGAGAACCACCUUAGUCCGGCAGAAAAGAAUCUCUCUCUUGGUGUUAACGUCAGUGGUUCUCCCACAGCUUCUGAGGAACCACCGCAGAGUGAAAAGGGGACGAGCUGCGACCCUGCAUCGCCAACCCCGGAGGCCAGCCUCCCUCCUGGGUAUGUGGCGCCCGCCAAAGAGAGUGCUGCCCCGCGAGCCCCAGAGGAGGACGAGGACGAACCUGACGUGUAUUACUUUGAGUCAGAUCAUGUGGCAUUGAAACACAACAAAGAUUAUCAGAGACUGUUACAGACGAUUGCCGUACUCGAGGCUCAACGUACUCAAGCAGUCCAAGACCUCGAAAGUUUAGGCAGACACCAGAGAGAAGCACUGAGGGAUCCCAUUGGAUUUGUGGAAAAACUCCAGAAGAAGACUGAUAUAGGGCUUCCAUUUCCACAGAGAGUUGUCCAAUUACCAGAGAUCGCGUGGGACCAGUACACUAACAGCCUUGGAAACUUUGAACGGGAAUUUAAAAACCGCAAACGCAAUACGAGGAGGGUGAAGCUGGUUUUUGAUAAAGUCGGCUUACCUGCCAGACCCAAAAGCCCCUUGGAUGCGAGGAAGGACGGGGACGCCUUUUCCUAUUCUGUGCUGCCUUUAAGCGAUGGCCCAGAGGGUUCUAGCAGCCGGCCCCAGAUGAUAAGAGGCCGUCUGUGUGACGAGACCAAACCGGAGACCUUCAAUCAGCUCUGGACCGUGGAGGAGCAGAAAAAGCUGGAGCAGCUCCUCCUGAAGUACCCCCCUGAGGAGGUUGAGUCUCGGCGUUGGCAGAAGAUCGCCGAUGAGCUGGGCAACAGGACCGCCAAGCAGGUCGCCAGCCGCGUGCAGAAGUAUUUCAUAAAGCUGACGAAGGCCGGCAUCCCGGUGCCAGGCAGGACGCCCAACUUGUACAUGUACUCCAAGAAGCAGUCUUCAACGAGCCGACGGCAGCACCCCCUCAACAAGCAUCUCUUCAAGCCCUCCACUUUCAUGACCUCCCAUGAACCUCCAGUGUACAUGGAUGAGGACGACGACAGGGCCGGCUUCCAUGGCCACAUGGACCCCGCGGCUGAUGAGGCCUCGGAUGAAGAGAGCAUUCCUGUUCCGUGCCGGGAGCUACCCGAGUACAAGGAGCUGCUGGAGUUGAAGAAGCUGAAGAAGAGGAAGCUGCAGCAGAUGCAGGCCGAGGGCGGCUUUGUGCAGCACGCUGGCUUCAAGUGCGACAACUGCGGCAUGGAGCCCAUUCAGGGCAUUCGGUGGCACUGCCAGGAUUGCCCCCCGGAAAUGUCCCUAGAUUUCUGUGACGCUUGCUCAGACUGCCUUCAUGAGACAGACUUCCACAAGGAGGACCACCAGCUGGAGCCCAUUUACCGGGCAGAGACUUUCUUAGACAGAGACUACUGCGUGUCCCAGGGCACCAGCUACAGUUAUCUGGACCCAAACUACUUUCCAGCCAACAGAUGACAUGGGAGAGACCCCAGGCCACGCUGCUCUUCCACACCUUGCCAUGGGACCGGUGUCGUCUCAGCUUUCCUUGAAAGGACGCUCUGCGAUGACCGCUCCCGAGGGGUCUCGCCACCUGUUGGGCGGGGUCCUCGGCAGCCCACCCGCCGACCAAGCGCCCGCACCUUCUGGGCGUGUCGCCCCGGGGGGAGGGUCUUCUCCGGGGGGUGAGCCCCCAUCAGGGAGAGCCCAUCCCAAAGGCUUCAGACAGCUAAGUCUCGACGAUGGUGUCGAGAAGACAGAGUAUUUAUAGGAAGACCGUUUUUAGGCUGCAGUUUUGUCGUGAGGACAGAGUUUUAACCGAUGAUGGUGUUUGCUUCUAGGAUCCUUCUCACCGAUGUGUCCCUCCCCAUCCAGUCGGCGCUGCUUCCAUAAUCACAGUGACUGGCCCUUCGAACUGCCCCCCCGCCCCCUACAGUGAAGCACUACCAGAGGCCCCCGCGCGUCGCCUCUGUGACCGGCUCGCAGUCGCGGUGUAUGAGUGUGAUCCGGUCGUCCCUCAGAUCUAUUUUUUAAAUGUCAUGUUCUAUAAGAUUGAUCAUGUGAUGUGUACAAACUAUGGUGAAAGUGCCAGUGGUAGUAACUGUGUCCAGUCUCUAAUACUCCACAUUAACUCCUCGAAAGUGCACAGCCUCUGCCUCAGCUCGGAGUUCUCCGUGCGACUCGGCAAAGAAAACUGCCUGAAAGCGAAUCAUCUGUAUGGUAAUAACCUCCCUCUUUUGUAGUCUGCCCCAGAUCCAUGAAAGAUUGUAUUUUUAUUACUAUUUAAACAAGUGAUUCCACCUCGUCUGCGCAGGGAGCACCGGCUCACCUGCACCCUUUUAUAUUGCCGGAUUUUGUUGUGCGUCAUUUAAGACAUUUUGUAUGUUUCUUCUUAUCUGUGUAUACUGUCUGUUCUUAAAUAAUGGUCAUUUGUCAAGAGAACUGUGAGAAAUAAACUAUGUGGAUACUGUCUGUUUAUAGUAGAAA